ACAAUGUAGCCCUUUUAUUUAGGAUACUUGAGAGUGACCGCCUCUCUUCACAUGUGUGCCUCCUCCGUUGCGCGGACUGUUGGUUUUAAUUACUUCUAGUAAGUGGAGUCAUUCGACUCAUACGAUUUUUUUGUCUUCCCUCUCUUUAGUUUUGUUGUUUCUGUGUAUGAGAUGAGUGACGGAAUGUUCCGACCAACGAGUAACGGCUACCAACAACACGGCGACAAGCGAUUCCGGAAGGGCAGUCGCAGCAGGAGAGAUGGGUCGUCUAGGGUUUCCUAUUCUGGCCAAGAGAGAGAAACUGAGAGCGAGAAGCCUCCCUGUACCGAAUUCGACAAGGCCUACUUUCAAUCUUACUCUCACGUCGGUAUCCACGAAGAGAUGAUCAAGGAUCGUGUGCGGACUGAAACUUAUAGGGCUGCAAUUUUGCAACAUCAGAAUUAUAUUGCUGGCAAAGUUGUAGUGGAUGUUGGUUGUGGCACGGGCAUUCUUUCUAUAUUUUGUGCUCAAGCUGGUGCGAAACGAGUCUAUGCUGUCGAUGCCAGUGAGAUUGCACUGCAGGCAAAUGAAGUUGUGAAGGCAAAUAACCUAUCUGAUACAGUCAUUGUUUUGCAUGGACGCAUAGAGGAUGUGGAAAUUGAUGAAGAGGUUGAUGUAAUCAUUUCAGAAUGGAUGGGCUACAUGCUUCUAUAUGAGAGCAUGCUGGGGAGCAUCAUUACUGCCCGAGAUCGAUGGCUAAAACCUGGAGGCCUUAUCCUUCCUUCAAAUGCUACGUUGUACAUGGCACCUGUUACUCAUCCCGACAGAUACACUGAAAGCAUUGAUUUCUGGCGCAAUGUCUAUGGCAUUGAUAUGUCUGCUAUGUUGCCAUUAGCAAAACAGUGUGCAUUUGAAGAGCCAUCCGUGGAGACAAUCACUGGUGAAAAUGUUUUGACAUGGCCACAUGUGGUAAAGCAUGUUGACUGCUAUACAAUUACAAUUCGUGAGCUAGAAUCUAUUACAACAAAUUAUAAAUUUCAAUCAAUGAUGCGAGCUCCAUUUCAUGGGUUUGCUUUUUGGUUCGAUGUUGAAUUCAGUGGCCCUGCAAUUUCCCCUGCUAGUCACGAUGCAGUAUCCUCCCCUAUUGAGUCUUCCAACAAUCAUCCUAUUGAUAGUAGUCAGAGGAAAAAGCGUGCAUUCCCUAACGAAGCACUUGUGCUGUCCACUGCUCCUGAGGAUCCUCCAACUCAUUGGCAGCAGACAUUGAUAUACUUUUAUGACCCAAUAGAAGUGGAGCAAGAUCAAAUUAUUGAAGGUUCUGUAACAUUAUCACAAAGCAAAGAAAAUGCUAGAUUCAUGAAUAUUCAUCUUGAGUAUGCGUCAGGUGGCCGUUCCUUUGUCAAGGAGUCUGUAAUGCGAUGAUCCUGCAAGGAUCUCCUUGUAGUUUUACUUUAGAGCUGCAUCAAAUUACGCCUGCAAUACAUUUCCUAGAUCAACAUGUGGCUGUUGUUGCAGUUCUCAAGAAUUUUUCUCUUGAAUCUUACUGCCUCGACGGCUGUUUAAGUGGGUGAACGCCAUCAGUUUAUCUUGCAGAGUGUCAGAAAAGAACAAUCACUUGUUCAACUAUAUAGACAACUAUAGAGGAAUUAAUUUGAGAAGAUGUUAAGGUGAACCCUGCUAUUCUUUUAGAAAGCUAUUGUUUCUCAGUUGUAUUUCAUUGAGAAUGUGUAAUUUGUGUUGAGGUUAAAUUGUGCUAGUUCAUUGUCAAUCUGUUCCUGGUCCGAGAAAUGUAACGACUGUAUUCAUUUAACUUAUUCUUUUCUUUGUUCUUGGUCCGAGAAAUUGUGACAGUUGUAACAGUACAUUUUGAUGCGAAGAAUAUGCAUUUCCCACUCAACUUAGAUCUUAGCAACUCAAUUUUUAUCUUCUUGGAGUA